AUGUUUUCUUUAUUCGCGACGGAGCGCGUUUGCCAUGUGAACACUUGGGUCCCUUUCAUCGAUCGUUGCAUUAAUACCCCUCCUCGUAAUAUGUACUAUUAGUAUAGAUUUCGCCAUCAAUAGAUAUAAGAUGUCCGAUUUCCUUAGUGAGCAAAUUCUUCAAUUAACUACACCUACUAUGAAGAAAAAAUCUAAAUUGUCGUUUUCUCCUGAAGAUGAUUUCAAAAUUUGGAAUUUCAUAGCGGAAAACUACAAAAAUUGCGGAACUUUUGAAAUAUUCACCAAAAUGAAGGAUACACUAGGAUUCGAGCAUGCCGAUAGAAGCUUGUAUUACAGAUUCCGGAACUCUCUUUCUUCUAACCUUCAUCUAACACAUUUUGAUAUUGAGACAAAACUUGAAGUGGCCAAGAAGUUCAACUUAAUUCUGAACGACCAAUUUGUAAAAGACUUGAACUCAACUAUGAAUUUGAUAUUUGAGCCAAAUGGAUGUCUAGCCAGUUACACUUGGAAAACUGAUUUUCUCGAUUAUACGUUAAAUCCGAUGGAGCUAAUUAUUCCUUAUCAAUCUGUUAUUCCAUCGAAGACCGUUCCGUAUCGCAAGCGGCGCAUGAAUGAUUUGGAAGAUCUCAGAAAAAUAAAAGAGUGUUCAAAACGGGCAUUUAUCUCUAACUCGGACCAAUCUGAAGUUCCGAGUACAUCAAUGUUGAAUUCUAUGAAGGAAAUGAUAACUGAAGCUGUUGAAACAUCAAACAAGAAGCUCAUAGAAGAAUUGAAAACUUCAAAUGAAGCACUAGUGGCACAAGUCGCAAAUUUUAAAUCCAAACAUAUUGAACAAAGUUCUGGAAAACCUGGAAUGAGAGCAUAUUUGGAAGGAUUGAAAGGGUUUCUGCAUCACUUAAAUAUGCCAGAAUUAGCAGACAUAAAAGUUCGAUUGAAUACUUUGGAAAAAGAUCUAGGAGACACGGAUCAACCAAUUCCAGUGCAAUCCAUUCAUUCAGUUCUUGAUAUUGGUUUGAAGCUGAUAGGUGGGUAAUGCAAUAAUGUAUUUUAAUAAAGUAUUAAAUUUUCAAUA